AUGGGGCGUAUCUUGCAACAUCACCUACCAAAACUAUACAAAAGAGGACUUAAUAGAUCCAGAUUACUACCCAUAAAAGAUUUUUUUUUAAAAAAAAAAACAAAAAAGCAGGUCGAAUUGUCAGCAAAAUUCCACAAAUUAGAGGCAAAUCAAGAGAUACAGACUUCUUCUUCUUUGGAAAACAUUGAAUCAUCCAUUUCUUUGAGCAACUACUCUUCCAUGGAUGGAAUCCUCUAUUACAAGACUCAUUUCGAACAACUUUUUAAGGAAUCUGGAAAUUUUAGCAAGAAUUUUCAGAAUCCAGCUAAGUCUGAGAGGCAAAAUUCACUGACAAGGGCUCCAAGCAAACUCUCUGCUAUGUUCUCUGGAACCCAAGAUAAAUGUGCUGCUUGCAACAAAGCUGUUUACCCACUUGAAAAGCCAAGUGAUGCGGCUAGUGGAUCCCUUUCGCCCAUGGAUGCAAGAAGAUCAUGCGGUGAUAGUAAUCCUAGUGACAACCGUUGAUUUCAUUGUAUUGUUUGGUAGGAACGGAUGUUAGAACGCUGGAGUGAAUGUAUUGUGUUUAAAUUUAGUUUUUGAGUGAUCUGAUAAUGCUACUUAAAUUUUUAGUUUAAAAAACUGAUGGUACUUUAUGAUAACAUUUGUGAUUUUACGAUAUGUUAUUGAUAUCUCUUAAAGUUUUAA